AUGUACAGCUGUAUAUCCCGUGUGUCUGGGUACAGCUUUAUAUCCCGUGUGUCUGGGUGCAGCUGUAUAUCACGUGAGUCUGUGUACAGCUGUAUAUCCCGUGUGUCUGGGUGCAGCUGUAUAUCCCGUAUGUCUGGGUACAGCUGUAUAACCUGUGUGUCUGGGUACAGCUGUAUAUCCCGUGUGUCUGGGUACAGCUGUAUAUCCCGUGUGUCUAUGUACAGCUGUAUAUCCCGUGUGUCUGGGUACAGCUAUAUAUCCCGUGAGUCUGGGUACAGCUGUAUAUCCCGUGUGUCUGGGUACAGCUGUAUAUCCCGUGAGUCUGGGUACAGCUGUAUAUCCCGUAUGUCUGGGUACAGCUGUAUAUCCGGUUAG